AGCAUUGGAACCCGACAUACCGGAUGUGACGUCACGGCUCAUGGCUGCUGUUAUUCAGCAGGAGUGAAACAAACAAGGCUGUGUCGAGGGGGAAUUAGCAGAGCAACACGGGGCGAAAAUGGUGGUUCUCACGCUGAAGAACUUGCAACAGCAGACCUUCACUAUCGAGAUCGAGCUGUCUGCCACGGUGAAAGCUCUAAAAGAGAAGGUUGAGAAGGAGAAAGGUGGCGACUAUCCAGCAGUAGGCCAGAAGUUAAUUUAUGCAGGUAAAAUCCUUCAAGAUGACACAACCCUCGAAUCAUAUAACAUUGAUGACAAGAAGUUUUUAGUUAUUAUGGUAACAAAGCCCAAGGCACCUCCUCCGCCUGUUGGUCCAUCUGACCCCACAAUUGUAGAAAGUGAGGAGACUCCUGCAGAGGAACCAACUGCCACCACUGAAUCUUCCUCACAGAGUACCAGUACACCUUCCACAGAGUCAGCAGCUGCAGCAGGUACCAACACCACAACUACUACCACCACUACUUCCAGCAGCCAAUCUUCAGCAGCUUCCAACACUCAGUCCACACCAGCCACGCAGGCAGCAUCAGGGGGGUCCGUGGGAAGUGCAGAAUCUUUGCUGGUGAUGGGUGAGGAAUUCAACAGGAUGGUAGAGAACAUUAUGGAAAUGGGAUAUGAAAGGUCGCAGGUGGAACGUGCAUUGAGGGCGAGCUUCAAUAAUCCUUACACAGCUGUUCAAUACCUAGUGGAUGGAAUUCCCCCAAAUCUCGAGGAGCCAGCCGCACAGCCAGCACAUGGUGGUGAUGGGGGAGGAGAGGAGCAAGUUGUUGCAGAGGGAGAGGCAGAUCCUGAUGAGGAUCCUUUAAACUUCCUUCGAUCGCAGCCUCAAUUUGAGCAGAUGCGACAAAUGAUUAGGUCCAAUCCAUCAUUGCUGGAUGCAUUCAUCCAGCAAAUUGGCCAAACAAAUCCGCAGCUACUUCAGGUGAUCCAGCAAAACCAGGAGGCCUUUGUGCGUAUGCUGAAUGAAGGUGGCAGUUCUGGAGGUGGUAGCACAGGUGGUGGUAGUGGUAAUCAAGGUGGAGAUGGCAGUGGUGGCCGAGCUGCUCCUGGACAAAAUGCAAUCCUUGUUUCCCCUCAGGAUAGAGAUGCCAUUGAAAGGCUGAAAGCUCUAGGUAAUUUUCCUGAAGAUGUGGUAAUCCAAGCUUACUUUGCCUGUGAGAAGAAUGAGAACCUCGCUGCAGAGUUUCUCUUCAGUCAGACUUGGGAUUAGGUUAUACUUGUACCCUCUCUUUAACAAAUUAUAAGUUAAUUUAGAAUAUGAAAUCUCUUGUUAAGUGCACAGCUAAGCUAUGGGCUGAUUUCCAGUGGCUUGUUAUCUCGAAAUUGUCCAAAGAAAGUCAAUUACAGAUUUUCAUAUAUCAAAACCUGAGUUCAUACAUGUUAGGAGACCCUGUGUUUGGUGCAGGUAACUGACCAGCACUAACUGUUAUGUGGUUGUAUGCUUCAAACACCUAUGCUGCCACUCCUUUGUGUAUAUAAUGUGUGUGAGAUCGCUUUCAUGCAGAUUCAAUAUGUUACUAUUAAGAGGUAAAAAGAAUUUGAGUUUUAAUUACCUUGUCCUAUGCUAUUGACAUGACACUGGUAUCAGCUGGUAGUGCACUGUCCAGUGAUAGUGGGAAAGUUUUAUCUGAACUAUUUACAGGGAUUCCAUCAAACAAUAUUUUCUACUGUUUGUGUUCCCCAUUUAUGACUUUUUAGUCUGGAUUAACCUUAAUAAUUUUUUGAAAGAAAAGGAUUUAAGUUGCAUCUUGUGAGGUAAUUUCAGCCAUACAUCAUAGUCUUCAUAGGUGAUAUCCAUUAUGACAUAGAAAAGAUCAGACAAAUACAAGACUCAGGUUUGUGAAGGCAGUGACAUCAUAUAACUAUGUAUUCUAUCUUUUGCUUUACACACAUGUAUGGCGUAGCAGCUGGCUUGCCCUCUGAGUAAAGAAAAUUGCAGCAAAAGGCUUCUCUGUGAGAAACAAGAUUUGUAUAGUAUUACUUGCUCAAUUUUCAUAAUGUUUUGCUGUCAUUUGAUAUUUGUAUAAAAGUUUCUUGAAAGUUUCAUCCUUUAAAUUGGAAAUAAGUUAUUAAAUGUGGGACUGCUAUAUUUUUUGCUUAUGUUGGUAAGAUUUUAUGGAGAGCAGUUUUUCUUAAAAACUACCAGCAGUUUCCUAAUAAAGUAUUCUUGUCCUGUCUGAAGCUUUUACAGCACAUUAGCAGCACACUUAUGAGUGAAUCUGAGAAUUCAUGUUCAUUAUUAAGUUUCUGUUAGAGCUAGUUUCCCCCCCUCCCCCCACAUCUGUCCUUUAUGCAUGGAAUGUUGCUUGAGGCAUGCAGUGCAACAUUUGCUCUUAAAACUUUCUUGAAGAUUCAGAACACAUACAAAAAGUUAUAUUUCUCUGAGCACCUGCAGAUAUCUAGAUGAGGUUAGAAAAAAAAGUGUUGAGGGUAAGUACAUUGUGAUUAAUGUCAUAAAACAGCAGGUUUGAUGGCUUGCCGUGUAAUGAUAAUGACUAAGGAGAAAGGAUAUCCAUUCAAAACAAAGACUAAGGUGUGUAAGAAAUUUACCAGCAAAAUAAUUUUAACUUGAAAAAAUUAUGGGUUUCCUCUAUGUAUUCUGUCCGAGCUUCUGGCGCUCUCUACUCAUUACCUCAGCUGCUCAUGAGUUCUGCCAUUGGUGUGCUAAAUGCCAGAAGCAUUAAUAUCACCCAGAUAGAAUAAGUUGCCACUCGUGCUCUCCCUAGGCCUUACUUUAAUAGGGAAGCAUUUUGUAAAAAUAUUUGUUAAUAUUUCUUGUGAAGAGGAAUACAACCAGCAGGUUAA